ACUGUAAGUACAAUCAGAUUUCAAAAUUUGAUGGUCUGGCAAUAAGUAGAGAGAGAGAGAGAGAGAGAGUUGAGAACUUAAAGAGUCAACAGAAGUAUAACUCAAGAACAAGUGACGGCACAGGUGAAACAGAACAUAGAGAGAGAGAUGGAGAGCAGUGAAGAAGAAGACGAUUUGGACUACCCAAUCAAUGAUGGCAUCACUCCCCAAUCCAAGAUUGACUCCAUCUAUCAGUCCAAUACCGAAAAGGGAAUCAGAAAGCUUUGUUGUGAGCUCUUAGUUUUGAAGGAUGCGGUGGAAAACUUACGUGGGAAUAUGCGUACUAAGUACUUGGCUUUCCUGAGGAUAUCUGAUGAAGUUGUUGAAAUGGAGCAUGAGUUAAUUGAGCUGCAAAAGCAUAUUUCUGCACAAGGGAUUCUUGUGCAGGAUUUGAUGAGUGGUGUGUGCCGUGAAUUGGAAGAGUGGAACAAAGCUAAUGGUGAUAUUCAUGAAGCUCAACAAGAUCCUCAAAUUGGUGAACUUCAAGAUCCUUUUCCAAAUAACAUAGUUGAUGCCAAGACAAUAUUCUUGGAGAAAAUUGAUGUUCUCUUGGCUGAACAUAAAGUGGAAGAAGCAAUAGAGGCUUUAGAUGUGGAAGAGAGAAAUUCUCCAGACUUGAAAAGCUCGGGAGAUACUUCACCUACUGAAGCAUCUUCUUACAGGUCUGCUUUCUUGAAAAGAAAGGCAAUGCUUGAGGAUCAGCUAGUUGAGAUCACUGAACAACCUUUAGUUGGUACCCUGGAACUGAAGAAGGCUCUAUCUGGUUUGAUAAAACUGGGAAAAGGUCCUUUGGCACAUCAGCUACUUCUAAAAUCAUAUGGUUCACGCCUCCAAAAGAGCAUUGAGGCUUUUCUUCCUGCAUGUUCUAGCUGCCCCAAAACAUAUUCAGCCACCUUAUCUAAGCUUGUAUUUUCUCUGAUCUCAUUGACAACAAAAGAAUCAGGUUCAAUAUUUGGUGAUGAUCCCGCUUAUACCAACAGAAUUGUUCAGUGGGCAGAGUGGGAAAUUGAAUCUUUUGUACGACUAGUGAAGGAGAAUGCACCCCCUUCAGAGUCCAUUUCUGCUCUACGCGCAGCUAGCAUUUGCAUUCAGGCUAGUCUGAGCCACUGCUCACUGUUGGAAUCACAAGGCCUGAAACUCUCAAAGUUGCUUAUGGUGCUCUUGCGGCCAUAUAUUGAAGAAGUUUUGGAGUUAAAUUUUAGACGGGCUAGAAGAGUGAUUCUUGACUUGGAUGCAAUUGAUGAAAGCUUCCCAUUGUCACCCCGCUUUGCAUCUCCAUUGUCUGCUUUUGCAACAUCAUCAGAUACCAUGCUCAUUGACAGCGGAAUCAGGUUUAUGUACAAUGUCAAUGAAAUAGUGGAACAGCUAACCCCACUCACCAUUUUGCACUUUGGAGGAAGCAUAUUAACUAGAAUUUCACAGCUGUUUGCUAAAUACGUGGGUGUUCUAAUUAAAGCCUUACCUGGCCCCUCUGAAGAUGAUAAUCUUACAGAGCUGAAAGAGGACAUACCCUUCAGGGCUGAAACAGAUGCACAACAGCUUGCACUUUUGGGAAUAGCAUUUACUGUGGCAGAGCUAUUACCGAUGGCUAUAUGGAGAACACAGAAUGAAAGCAAGGAACCAGGUAGUGGACCCACUGAAAACAUUGUGCAUACUGCAAGUGCCAUGGAAUCUAAGGAAUGGAGGCGCCAUAUUCAGCAUUCAUUGGAUGAGCUUAGAGAUCACUUCUGUCGACAAUAUGUUUUGAAUUUUAUCUAUUCAAGGGAAGGGAAAACACAAUUGAAUGCACAAAUUUAUUUAAAUGGGAAAGGAGAUGACCUGAGUUGGGACUCUGGCCCACUGCCUUCACUGCCUUUCCAGAUGUUAUUUGUGAAGCUGCAGCAGUUAGCAACUGUGGCUGGAGAUGUAUUACUUGGAAAGGAGAAAAUACAGAAAAUUUUGCUUGCCAGGCUAACAGAGACAGUGGUAAUAUGGUUGUCUGAUGAACAGGAAUUCUGGGGUGUAUUUGAGGAUGAGUCAGCUCCCCUUCGGCCAAUCGGGUUGCAGCAGUUGAUUCUUGAUAUGCACUUCACCGUUGAAAUUGCACGUUUUGCUGGUUACUCAUCACGACAUGUGCACCAGAUUGCAGCAGCCAUAAUUGCUCGUGCCAUUAGGACCUUCUCUGCUAGAGGCAUAGACCCACAAAGUGCACUCCCUGAGGAUGAAUGGUUUGUGGAAACUGCCAAAGGAGCAAUACACAAGCUUAUGUCAGACGCUUCAGACACUGAUGAUGAACACCUCAUUGACGAACACAUGAUUAUGCAUGAUGAGAUGGCCUCUGAUUCUGAUGACAGUCCGUCUUCCCUUUCAUCAGUAGAAAGUUCCGAGUCGUUUGCUUCUGCAAACAUGGGUGACCUAGAAAGCCCCACUGACUUGACUGAUCCUGAGAACUGAAACUCUACAGCUAAAUUCAUCUUUUCAGGACUCAAGUUUCUUCAGAUGCUCAUUCAUUUAGCAUUGUAGGAAGUUUAUUUACAGAUUCUGUAGUUAGAGAUGAGGUAGUAGAUCAUAUUUAAAUGUAAAACUGUUGUAUAAGAGCAAGUCUAGGCAGCUGUUGUGGAUCUUUCUUGUGAUCAUAAAUUUGUCUUUGGAUAGAAGUAGAAGUUCCAUCUUCUCUUUUCCUUUCA